AUGGCAAGCAACGAAGAUGACAAAAUAUGGAAUUAUGGUACCGUUGAUACUUCAACGCUAGAGAUUCAGCCUUUUCAAUUCGAGCCACUGCCGGGCGAAAGAAGAAGACAAGGAAGGCCUUCUAGUCCAAGCGGGCAAGAUGACGAUGUUGACGAAAGUGGUGACGCCACUGAUACGAAUGUGGAAAGAAUUGGUAACAUUAAUUGGUGCAAAUGCAAUCAUUGUUUGCCAAUGCGGACUGGGAGAGAGAGUCUGUGCUGCAUAGAGAUCCCGAAAGUGAGUAGCAAGGCUAUUGAUGCAAACUGCCUGUGCAUCACAGAGCUAGGUGGCUUCAAUUCAGUUUGUCUGGACAUAGAUGUUGUGAUAACAGCCAUCUAUCAGUAUAUUGAAGAUGAGGAAUACAUUUAUGAUCAACCAACAAGCGAGCUGUUCAGAUACAUAAGCUACAGACAAUUUGUUAGAUGGGUGUGGCAUCAUUUAGGGAAACAUCAGAGGAGGAUACUACCAUCCUGUGUCGUCAACAACAUUCGCUAUGCCUUUCCUUCUGAUGAAUAUACUGGUUUCAAAUAUCCUGAAAUAGACUUGUAAUUUUUUUUUAAUAAUUCUUAUUGAUGUAUAGAUAUAAAUUAAUUUGGCAUUUCAUCCGCUUAAUAUCGACAGAAAAUGUGUAAAAAUAUUAAUCAGCUUUCCAUUCUAUUUUUUUCUUGGUCUC